CCUCGAUUCUGUCAAUAUUUCCGGGUCUUGAAUUCUUGAACAUUCCAAUAAGAAUGUCGACCUCCGCGAACCCUAGCUCUUCAACUGUUUCAGGCGGCAGGAAUGGUGGUAGUCGUCGACGGGAGAAGCAGAGGGGCCUACCGAAAUUCUGCCGCUGCGGUGAAGAAGCAACUAUCAAGACUUCCGAAACAGCAAAGAACCCGGGGAGGCUCUUCUACGGUUGUCCCAACGGAUCUGAAGGCGACAAAUACCAUUUGUUCACCUGGACUGACGAACGGGUUGUGGAAGAGGUGGAGGAUUUAAAGUGCUUGGUUUCCGAUCUAGAAGCGGAGCUGUCGGCGGUCAAAGCUGAUGUCGCUGGUCUGGAGAAACAGGUCGAACAUAGCAUGGUUAUGAUUGGGAUAGCGAGGAAUCGUUGCUGUACUAUUUUGUGAAUUUAAUGUUGUUUUAAUAUUCUCUUAUCAUUUUGGUUAUCCUGCUACUCUAUCUUAUCUAAUGUUUAAUGUUUUGCUUUCAAAUUAAAUAUUGUUCUAUCAUGUUGUUUUGUAUGCCCAGAUCAACAAUAGACAUUG